UAAUUGUUUUCUAUAUAAAUAUUUUUAUAAAGCUAAAGCAUGAAAAUCACUAUGUAAUAUAUAAUCGUGAGCUAAAAUAAAAAAAUUCAUCUUGCAAAGAUUUAUGGAGUAAAUAUGUCAACUUGCCGAAAUAUUGUUUCAUUAACAGAUCUUAUACCUUUUGUUUCUCAACUCAAGGAAAUGUUUUUUAAAUGGUUGACUUUGGAUAAUUUUAACCGUGAACGUCUUAAAUUUUUAAUUGAACAAAACAAAAAUAAAAAAAUUAAAACAAUGGUAUUAGCCUUAGAACAAUGGGAUCAUUUUCAAAACUAUGGAGCUCCUGGUGUGGAAAUGGAGUUUGUCAGUUGUGACAAUAAUACUUUACGCGAAGUUUUAGAAUCUAGUAUCGUAUUAAAUGAAUUAAUACUUGAGAUGGAUUGUCAAAAAUACUGAUAAUAAAAAUAUAUUUUUAUUUUA